AUGGACGUCCACACCCGCUGGAAAGCGCGCAGCCCGCUCCGCCCGGGCGCCCCGCUGCUGUCCCCGCCGCUGCUGCUGCUGCUGCUGCUGUGGGCGCCGCCUCCGAGCCGCGCAGCUCAGCCAGCAGAUCUCCUGAAGGUUCUAGAUUUUCACAACCUGCCUGAUGGAAUAACCAAGACCACAGGCUUCUGUGCAGCGCGGCGAUCUUCCAAAGGCCCGGAUGUCGCCUACAGAGUCACGAAAGAUGCCCAGCUCAGCGCGCCCACCAAGCAGCUGUACCCUGCAUCUGCGUUUCCCGAGGACUUCUCCAUCCUAACCACUGUGAAAGCCAAGAAAGGCAGCCAGGCCUUCCUGGUCUCCAUCUACAACGAGCAGGGCAUCCAGCAGAUCGGCCUGGAGAUGGGCCGCUCUCCAGUCUUCCUCUACGAGGACCACACGGGGAAACCGGGGCCAGAGGACUACCCCCUCUUCAGAGGCAUCAACCUGUCGGAUGGCAAGUGGCACAGAAUCGCUCUCAGCAUCCACAAGAAGAAUGUCACCUUGAUCCUGGACUGUAAAAAGAAGACGACCAAGUUCCUGGACCGCAGCGACCGCCCUGUGAUAGACGUCAAUGGCAUCAUCGUGUUCGGCACCCGGAUUCUGGAUGAGGAAGUGUUUGAGGGAGACAUCCAGCAGCUGCUGCUCGUCUCGGACCACCGGGCAGCUUACGAUUACUGCGAGCACUACAGCCCCGACUGUGACACCGCCGUCCCCGACAAACCCCAGUCUCAGGACCCCAACCCCGAUGAAUAUUACCCCGACGGAGACAAUGAAGGGGACACCUAUUACUACGAGUACCCCUACUACGAGGACACGGACGACACGGGCAAGGACCCCGGCCCCACCAAGACGCCCGUGGAAGCGGCUCGAGAGACCACGGAGGUGGCCGAGGAGCUGACCCAGCCCCCGACGGAAGCCCCUUCGGCGCCCGAGACCACCGUGGGCCCCGGGAAGGAGGAGGAGGACCCCGGCAUCGGGGAGUACGACUAUGUGCCCAGCGAAGACUACUACACGCCACCCCCUUACGAGGACUUCGGCUACGGCGAAGGCAUUGAGAACCCUGACGAGAACCCCGACGAGAACCCCGACCAGAGCCCCGACCAGGGCGCCCGGGCCGAGGUGCCCACCAGCACGGUCCUCACCUCCAACGGCUCCAACCCGGCCCCGCCUCCAGAGGAGGGGAUGGACGACCUGGAGGGAGAGUUCACGGAAGAAACCAUCAAGAACCUGGACGAGAGCUACUACGACCCAUACUACGACCCCACCAUCUCCCCCUCGGAGAUCGGGCCAGGCAUGCCCGCCAACCAGGACACCAUCUACGAGGGGAUCGGAGGGCCUCGGGGGGAGAAAGGUCAGAAAGGAGAGCCCGCCAUCAUCGAGCCGGGCAUGCUUCUGGAGGGGCCGCCUGGCCCCGAAGGCCCCGCGGGUCUCCCAGGACCUCCAGGAACGAUGGGUCCCACAGGCCAAGUGGGUGACCCUGGAGAAAGGGGUCCCCCUGGACGCCCAGGCCUUCCUGGCGCUGACGGGCUGCCCGGCCCUCCUGGAACCAUGCUAAUGCUGCCUUUCCGCUUUGGAGGGGGCGGUGAUGCAGGCUCCAAAGGACCUAUGGUCUCCGCACAGGAGUCCCAAGCUCAAGCCAUCCUGCAGCAGGCCCGGCUGGCGCUGAGGGGGCCUGCUGGCCCGAUGGGUCUCACUGGGAGACCGGGUCCCAUGGGCCCUCCCGGGAGCGGAGGUCUGAAGGGCGAGCCAGGAGACAUGGGGCCUCAGGGUCCGCGGGGCGUGCAGGGCCCGCCUGGCCCGGCAGGAAAGCCUGGGAGAAGGGGCCGAGCCGGCAGUGACGGGGCAAGAGGGAUGCCGGGACAGACUGGCCCUAAGGGAGACCGUGGCUUCGACGGCCUGGCGGGGCUGCCGGGGGAGAAGGGCCACCGGGGCGACCCUGGCCCGUCCGGCCCACCGGGACCUCCGGGGGAAGAUGGAGAAAGGGGCGACGAUGGAGAGGUUGGGCCCAGAGGGCUGCCCGGGGAGCCUGGGCCGCGAGGUCUGCUGGGGCCGAAGGGGCCCCCGGGCCCUCCUGGACCUCCUGGUGUGACGGGGAUGGACGGUCAGCCAGGCCCGAAAGGCAACGUGGGUCCCCAGGGAGAGCCCGGCCCCCCGGGGCAGCAGGGCAACCCAGGUGCCCAGGGUCUUCCAGGCCCCCAGGGUGCAAUCGGGCCUCCAGGAGAAAAGGGUCCCCUGGGCAAACCCGGCCUCCCAGGAAUGCCCGGUGCUGACGGACCCCCGGGGCACCCUGGCAAAGAAGGCCCUCCAGGAGAGAAGGGGGGGCAGGGUCCGCCCGGCCCCCAGGGUCCAAUCGGCUACCCGGGUCCUCGCGGAGUCAAGGGGGCAGACGGCAUCCGAGGCCUGAAGGGCACCAAGGGUGAGAAGGGUGAAGACGGCUUCCCGGGCUUCAAAGGAGACAUGGGCAUCAAGGGCGAUCGGGGAGAGAUCGGCCCACCUGGUCCCAGAGGGGAGGACGGUCCUGAAGGCCCCAAGGGGCGAGGUGGUCCGAACGGCGACCCGGGUCCUCUGGGACCCCCUGGGGAGAAGGGCAAACUCGGAGUCCCAGGACUGCCAGGCUACCCAGGAAGACAGGGGCCAAAGGGUUCCAUCGGAUUUCCUGGAUUUCCUGGCGCCAACGGAGAAAAGGGUGGCAGGGGCACCCCUGGGAAGCCGGGACCACGGGGGCAGCGAGGCCCGACGGGCCCACGAGGUGAAAGAGGCCCGCGGGGCAUCACCGGGAAGCCUGGCCCCAAGGGCAACUCUGGAGGCGAUGGCCCGGCCGGUCCUCCAGGUGAACGGGGACCCAACGGACCCCAAGGACCCACGGGGUUCCCUGGACCAAAGGGCCCCCCGGGGCCCCCAGGCAAGGACGGGCUCCCGGGACACCCCGGACAGCGAGGCGAGACGGGUUUCCAAGGCAAGACCGGCCCUCCAGGCCCGCCCGGUGUGGUCGGCCCUCAGGGUCCCACCGGGGAAACUGGUCCCAUGGGCGAGCGUGGCCACCCUGGGCCCCCGGGCCCCCCCGGUGAACAGGGGCUCCCGGGCCUGGCCGGGAAAGAAGGGACAAAGGGUGACCCUGGCCCUGCCGGCCUUCCUGGGAAAGACGGUCCCCCCGGGCUGCGAGGCUUCCCUGGAGACCGAGGACUUCCUGGUCCAGUGGGGGCGCUUGGACUGAAAGGCAGUGAAGGCCCCCCCGGCCCACCAGGCCCCGCGGGAUCUCCAGGGGAGAGAGGCCCAGCCGGUGCUGCCGGGCCCAUCGGAAUUCCAGGGAGACCGGGCCCCCAGGGGCCCCCCGGGCCGGCUGGGGAGAAAGGCGCGCCUGGCGAGAAAGGUCCACAAGGCCCAGCUGGCCGAGACGGUCUGCAGGGUCCCGUGGGGCUCCCCGGUCCCGCUGGCCCUGUGGGCCCCCCUGGUGAAGACGGAGACAAGGGAGAGAUUGGGGAGCCGGGACAGAAGGGGAGCAAGGGAGACAAAGGCGAACAGGGUCCCCCAGGGCCUACAGGACCCCAAGGCCCCAUCGGACAGCCAGGCCCCUCCGGAGCCGACGGCGAGCCGGGACCUCGGGGCCAGCAGGGCCUCUUUGGGCAGAAAGGCGACGAAGGUCCGAGAGGUUUCCCUGGGCCUCCGGGCCCCGUGGGGCUGCAGGGUCUGCCAGGACCUCCCGGAGAGAAGGGCGAGACGGGCGACGUGGGUCAGAUGGGUCCGCCAGGUCCCCCCGGCCCCCGAGGACCCUCCGGAGCUCCAGGUGCGGAUGGGCCGCAAGGACCCCCUGGCGGAAUAGGCAACCCCGGAGCCGUGGGAGAGAAGGGUGAACCUGGCGAAGCGGGAGAGCCUGGCCUUCCAGGUGAAGGGGGCCCCCCGGGCCCCAAAGGCGAAAGGGGGGAGAAGGGCGAGUCAGGUCCCUCCGGUGCCGCUGGACCCCCGGGGCCCAAGGGCCCUCCCGGAGACGACGGUCCCAAAGGCAGCCCCGGCCCCGUUGGUUUUCCCGGAGAUCCCGGUCCCCCUGGAGAACCCGGCCCUGCGGGUCAAGAUGGUCCCCCUGGCGACAAAGGAGAUGACGGUGAACCUGGGCAAACGGGAUCACCAGGCCCUACGGGUGAACCAGGCCCAUCUGGGCCUCCAGGAAAAAGGGGUCCGCCCGGCCCCGCCGGUCCCGAAGGCAGGCAGGGGGAGAAAGGAGCCAAGGGAGAAGCUGGCUUGGAAGGCCCUCCUGGGAAGACUGGCCCCAUCGGCCCCCAGGGGGCCCCCGGGAAGCCUGGGCCUGAUGGCCUUCGAGGGAUCCCCGGCCCAGUGGGUGAACAAGGUCUUCCCGGAGCCCCAGGACCCGAUGGCCCCCCGGGACCCAUGGGCCCCCCAGGACUCCCCGGCCUCAAAGGAGACUCUGGACCCAAAGGGGAAAAGGGUCACCCAGGCUUGAUCGGGCUCAUCGGACCUCCGGGCGAACAGGGAGAAAAGGGUGACCGCGGUCUCCCUGGCCCCCAGGGCUCCUCGGGCCCUAAGGGAGAACAGGGCAUCACCGGUCCUUCUGGCCCGAUUGGCCCCCCAGGCCCCCCUGGCCUGCCGGGCCCCCCUGGUCCAAAAGGUGCUAAGGGCUCCUCGGGUCCAACUGGCCCGAAGGGUGAGGCAGGCCAGCCAGGACCCCCUGGCCCACCGGGCCCCCCGGGCGAGGUCAUCCAGCCCCUGCCGAUCCAGGCGUCCAGGACCCGGAGGAACAUCGACGCCAGCCAGCUGAUGGACGAUGCGGAGGGCGAGCAGUACAUGGACUAUGCGGACGGCAUGGAGGAGAUCUUUGGCUCACUCAACUCCCUGAAGCUGGAGAUCGAGCAGAUGAAGAGGCCGCUGGGCACGCCACAGAACCCCGCACGCACCUGCAAGGACCUCCAGCUCUGCCACCCUGACUUCCCCGACGGUGAAUACUGGGUGGAUCCAAACCAAGGCUGCUCCCGGGACUCCUUCAAGGUCUACUGCAACUUCACGGCUGGGGGCUCAACGUGCGUCUUCCCUGACAAGAAGUCCGAGGGGAGUAAAAUGGCCCGCUGGCCCAAAGAGCAGCCUGCCACCUGGUACAGUCAGUACAAGCGAGGGUCGCUGCUCUCCUACGUGGACGCCGAGGGCAACCCCGUGGGCGUGGUCCAGAUGACCUUCCUGCGGCUGCUCAGCGCCUCCGCCCACCAGAACAUCACCUACAACUGCUACCAGUCGGUGGCCUGGCAGGACGCCGCCACAGGCAGCUACGACAAGGCCAUGCGCUUCCUGGGCUCCAACGACGAGGAGAUGUCGUACGACAACAGCCCCUACAUCCGCGCCCUGGUGGACGGCUGCGCCACGAAAAAAGGGUAUCAGAAGACAGUUCUGGAGAUCGACACCCCCAAGGUGGAGCAGCUGCCCAUCGUAGACAUCAUGUUCAACGACUUCGGUGAAGCGUCGCAGAAAUUCGGAUUUGAAGUGGGGCCGGCUUGCUUCCUGGGCUAGGAGCCGCGAGCCCGGCCCCAAGAGCAACCUCGUGACCUCAGCGCGCCGCCUGCGGCCUCUGGACAGUGAGGGCCCCUCGCCCCUCCCCACCGUGCCGGCCGCCCCGCCCCGAGAGAGCAAAGGGAAAGAGCCGCGUCCGCGCCCCCACCCUGGAGCCGAAUCACAUGACCUAGACGCCCCGCAGCCACCCGCUUCCAGCAGCCCCUUCUGCGACGCCGCACUCCCUGGGAAGGGAGCGGGGCCCACGGGUCUUGCCCCCGAGCCUGUGGAUGGUCUUCACGGAGAGGGGUAGGGCUGCCGUAUUUGGAGAUCACUCAUUUAAAAAAAAAAAUUCAACUUGAAGAUGUGUAUUUUCCCCUGACCUUCAAACCUUGUUCCGAGGCCAGCCUUGUAAAGGUCACCCCACCCUCCAGAGCCUCCGUUUUUAACAAGAUCCAUUCACAGGCCAAAUGUCAUUCUGCAUGUGCCUUUCCGAUGGAUUAAAGGUGCUUUUGUUUUUGUGAGUUUUAAGUAAAUAUUUGUAUUGUAUUGUCAUACAUGUUCAGUGUCCCUGACUUUCAAUCAUGCCUGUGAACCCCCGCUGCAGACCUGGGAGGCGGGCCACACCCCCGCCCUCUCCAGGAUGUGUGAUGAAUUGGAAAUUUGCCAAAGGCAGCGAGCAUUCGCCCCACCAUUCGCAAAGCAGGUGCCACUGCCCCUUUCAGACAAGUCUUUGAUUAGCUCUGGAUUUUUUUUUUAAACAGAGAGAAAAAGAAAAAAGGAUUUUAUACUCUGCCUUCUCCACAUGCACUUAGGUGAAAACGCAGGCUUAAAUUAAUUUUAAUUGCUUCCUUUUCCCAUGUUUCUUCCUGCAGAGCCUGAUGGGAGAAUGUCCAGGGCAGGGAAACCACAUUUUCUGUCAAUGAUGAUGAAAUGAAAAUUGGUGCUUAUUUUUACACUCCUCUUUUGUGGUGCUAUCUGUUGAGAUCUCCCUGAAGGUGUCACUGGGGCUCCCUGCUGUGCCUCGUUCCCCAUCUCUCUCCCUCCACCAUCUAGGUUUUUGCCACGGACAUUAAGAUAAACGCGGGCCACCCGCCCUCCCGUAGCCCUGCCCGCCUCCCAGACAGCAGCGAAGCCGCUCCAGGCCGGGUACCACUCUUAAGCUGUGCGUCUGUGAUCGGAAGACGCACGCACACAAUAGGCGCACGCCUCCCGCGUGAUCCACAGUGUAACGAUGGCGGAUUGUACUCAGUUGCCGAAUGUUUGUGGUGCUAAUUUCUGCGUUGUUGUUGUUUUUUUUUUUUUUGCAAGAACUGAAUUGAGGCAGCUCGUGGCCUUCAGCGGGGCUGCCCUCCAUGUGGCCUCAGCAGAUAGACAAAUGUGCAAUGAACUCCGUGAGUCCCGCCGGGGUCGCCAGCUGUGCCUUAUCCCUUUGAAAGCGAUUUGGAUUUCCGUCUGCAAAAGUGUUGGGCGUGGGUCUCAGCUGCUUGGGUGCUCGGGCCAGCCAGGCUCCGUCCGGUACCGGUCCUCCUCACCGAGCAAGGGCGAGGACUUGCUGGGCUGGCAAGGAAAGGUAAUUCCUUUACUGUGAAAAGCUGCCCGCGUGCAAUGCCCUUUCCUGCCAGGAUGGGAGAGCGAGACGGGCCCCGGGGCCCUGUGCAGCCCCGUCAGGAGGCGCUGUGACGGGUCCCGGCUCUGGUGCUGUUCCCCGCCCACCCUGCCCCAUCGGACCACGGUUCCAGCUUAGGAAACCAGAGCAGAGCAACCCAGGAGUGACAGCACACCCCCAUGAGGCGUUCCCGAACCCCCUGGAAAUUGAGUCCUGCUCUUGCCAAAGAAAAGUCUGGCUUCGAGAUUCUCCCGAACCCAGAAUGCCAGCAUCUGCCAAUGGCCCUGUCCUUCAUCUCUUCAAAAGAAAAGCCAUAUCGGAUCGUUGCCACAGGGCGCCCUGUGGGUUUUGUCUAGGUCAUGUGAUUCCAUUUUGAUUUCUCAUCCCACCGAGUUCUCCUUUUAUUCUGUCAAUCUUUUUCUCCAUUGGCCCCUUCAAAGCUGUUGUAAUUUGUACUGAGUCAAAACAUGUCCCAUUCUCCCCAGACCACUUAGCUAUGAUAUAUUGCAAUAAAAUUACUUCUUAUAUUUGCAGAAAUUCUUUCGGUGUAAUUUUGUUUUUUUCCCCCUCAUCUAUAUAUAAUUGGACACAUGUUGAUGAAGAGAAAAGGAAAAUGGUCAAAAGAAAACCUAUGGCAAAUAUUCUAGGACAUUAGGCCCUUUAAAAUAGAAUGUCAAGUGACAUAAUGUAUACACUUCCUGAAAACCCAGUAGACGUGUUCAUACGUUUCAACUGUAAUGCCCAGGAAAGCAUAUUUUAAAAUAUUUUAAACCUGUGUAACAGAGGAAUAAUUGUAAUAGUUUUUCAAUAAAUCAAGAUGACUGUUUCCACCGUAAA